CUUCUCUUUUGCUUUUCACUCCUCUGUGUUUCCCACAUCCGCCAUUGCAGCCCCUCCGAAGAAGCUUCAUCGUCAUCCAUGGCUGCCGCUGCUGAGAUGGCUCUCGUGAAGCCAAUGUCGAAGUUUUGCAGCAGAACUCCCGAAUUCGGAAGCCCUAGAACGAGAGCUAUUCCAUUCUCUUACUCCAGAUUCACCGUCAUUAAAAUGUCUGCAACUUCCUCUCAAUCGCCUCCCAAGCCCUCCAAGAACGCCAACAAGGCUGCGAUUAAGGAGACGCUACUGACGCCUAGGUUCUACACCACUGACUUUGAUGAGAUGGAGACUCUCUUCAAUACCGAAAUCAACAAGAACUUGAACCAAGCUGAGUUCGAGGCUUUGCUUCAGGAGUUUAAGACUGAUUAUAACCAGACGCAUUUUGUGAGGAACAAGGAGUUCAAGGAAGCUGCUGAUAAAAUGGAAGGCGAUCUCAGACAGAUCUUUGUGGAGUUUCUUGAGAGAUCUUGUACUGCUGAGUUCUCUGGAUUUCUGCUCUACAAGGAGCUGGGAAGGAGGCUUAAGAAAACCAAUCCAGUGGUGGCUGAGAUUUUCUCUCUGAUGUCCAGGGAUGAAGCCAGGCAUGCUGGGUUUUUGAACAAAGGUCUAUCUGAUUUCAACUUGGCAUUGGACUUAGGAUUCCUGACAAAGGCUAGAAAAUACACAUUUUUCAAGCCCAAGUUCAUCUUCUAUGCUACAUACUUGUCUGAGAAAAUUGGAUACUGGAGAUACAUAACCAUAUACAGACAUCUCAAGGCCAACCCUGAGUUCCAAUGCUAUCCCAUUUUCAAGUACUUUGAGAACUGGUGCCAGGACGAGAACAGGCACGGCGAUUUCUUCUCUGCAUUGCUCAAGGCACAGCCUCAGUUCCUCAAUGACUGGAAGGCUAAGCUGUGGUCUCGGUUCUUCUGUUUAUCGGUGUACGUGACAAUGUAUCUCAAUGAUUGCCAAAGAACAGCAUUCUAUGAAGGAAUUGGCCUUAACACCAAAGAAUUUGACAUGCAUGUUAUCAUUGAGACUAACCGAACGACGGCGAGAAUCUUCCCGGCCGUACCGGACGUCGAGAACCCCGAAUUCAAGAGGAAACUGGACAGGAUGGUCGAGAUCAAUGAGAAGCUGAUUGCUGUAGGAGAAAGCAAUGAGAUUCCUUUGGUUAAGAACUUGAAGAGGAUACCGCUUGCUGCAGCAUUGGUAUCUGAGAUAUUGGCUGCAUAUUUAAUGCCUCCAAUUGAGUCUGGAUCGGUUGAUUUUGCAGAAUUUGAGCCUCAACUUGUGUACUAAAGUUUUGUUCUUAGCUCACCUCCUUCACUCUCAUCUUUUUAGUAUGUUCAGUUUCUUCAAAUAGUGUAAUUUGUUCGUAAAAAUAUGAUCACAAACAUUUAGUAAUAAAUUGAUCUUCUCGUAAA